AUGGAGUCCAUGCCGCGAAUAACCAAGAGCGGUUUGCAGCGCUCUACCUCUGAGACUGAGUUUGUCUAUACCAAGUUAAAGACCAUCAUCGGCUCCUACGUACUGCUAGAUCUCACGUUUAUCCUGACAGAAAAGGAUCCGUACUUCGCUGUCGGUCCGGAUCACUCUCAGCAGCUCCUACUAUCCUUUCAGGGCUUGCGGCCGUGGCUCCUCUUCGGCGGAUUAUGGAUGCACUCAUCGACGUUUGGGUCCCUUUCCCAGAUCCUCGAUCGCGGCCUCUCCGGCUGGUGGGGCGCGUUCUGGCAUCAGACAUUCCGGGUCCCAUUCCUCGCCCCGGCAACGUUUCUGAUCAGAGAGGGCUACAUCGAGGCGGGUACGCCGGCGGCGGAGGCGAUGUCUCUGCUUGUGUCGUUUCUCCAGUCGGGCUUGCUCCACGCAUCGGGCAGUCUUUCGUCCGUAGCCAACACCAAGCCGUGGCAACCUCUACAAUUUUUCCUCCUCCAAGCAGUAGGCAUCGUUAUUCAGCGUGCCGCUGGCGAGCUGCUGCGGCCACGUCUCCCACCACUGCCAGAACGGCUGCGAAGGGGUGCCAACUUGGUGUUCACGGUGCUCUGGCUGCAUCUGACGGUAAUGCUAUACUUCGAUGAUGUCGCAUCCACGGGGUUGUGGGUGAAGCAGGCUGUUCCCGUCUCCUGUUUCGAGGAUUUGGGGUGCGGUCUCCUAAGGAUCAUUGGUGGCGGGAGGAUGGCCAUAACCCUGCCUGGUGGCAGACCAUACCUGCUGCGGUAG